AUGGCCCCGCAGAGAGCGGUGCAGCUGUCCCUGAAGAAGCCCACCUAUGCCGUGUGUGUGGUGGGAGUCGAGACAUACGUGGACGUUCACAGUGAUGUGCCCAAGGGUGCCGAGACCUUCGGGGUCUCCGGGAGCCCCGGAGUGGAGGUGUUCGUGAUCUAUGACCCAGCACGGGUGACAGUGCCCACAGGCAAGACCCGCUGGCCCCUGGACGCCAACGUGGAUGUGACCGUAUCCGUGGACGCGGCCAGUAAGGACUUACAUGAUCUCAAGGUGAAGGUCUCCUACUUCGGGCGGCAGGAGGCUGGCACCCUGGGCCACAGCGUGCUUUACCUUACCGCUGUCGACGUGUCCCUGGACGUCGACACGGGUCGCACGGGCAAGGUGAAGAGGAACCACGACAACAAGAAAACCUGGCGCUGGGGCCCUGAGGGCUAUGGGGCUGUCCUGCUGGUGAACUGUGACCGGGACAGUGUCGUGUCCGCGGGGCCCGACCUCACCAACAGCCAGCUGGCAACACUGGAUGACCUGCAGGACAUGUCCCCCAUGGUGCUGAGCUGCGACGGCCCAGACGGCCUCUUCGACAGCCACAAGCUGGUCUUGAAUGUGCCGUUUCCUGAUGCCAGAAGAGUGGGGGUCUUCUGCGCUAGGGGUGGGACUUCCCUUGAGGACUACAAGCAGGUACUGGGACCUCAGCGUCUGUCCUACGAAGUUGAGCGGCAGCCGGGGGAGCGGAAGAUCAGCUUCUUUGUGGAGGGACUCGCCUUCCCCGACGUUGAUUUCUUGGGGCUGGUCUCCCUCAGUGUCAGCCUGGUGGACACGGGGACUCUGCCUGAGGUGCCCCUCUUCACAGACACCGUGGCCUUCCGCGUGGCCCCCUGGAUCAUGACCCCCAACACCCAGCCCCCCCUGGAGCUGUACGCGUGCAGUGUGGUAGACUCCCAUGGCUCAAAUAAGAAAUUUCUGGAAGACAUGUCUGACCUAGCAUUGAAAGCCAACUGCAAGCUGAUCAUCUGCCCUCAGAUUGAAAAUCGAAAUGACCGCUGGAUCCAGGACGAGAUGGAGUUUGGCUACACCGAGGCCCCUCACAAGGCCUUCCCAGUGGUCUUUGACUCCCCCCGAAACAGAGGCCUGAAGCAUUUCCCUUACAAGCGGAUCCUGGGUCCCGACUUUGGAUAUGUAACCCGGGAGAUCCUAUUCGCUGGUGCCUCCAGCCUUGACUCUUUCGGCAACCUGGACGUCAGCCCGCCUGUCACGGUGGGCGGCAAGGAGUACCCGCUGGGCCGGAUCCUCAUCGGCAGCAGCUUCCCCAAGUCUGGUGGGAGGCGAAUGGCCAAGGUGGUGCGGGACUUCCUCCAGGCCCAGCAGGUGCAGGCGCCCGUGGAGCUCUAUUCCGAUUGGCUCUCCGUGGGCCACGUGGACGAAUUCCUGAGCUUUGUGCCCACCUCUGACCAAAAGGGCUUCCGGCUGCUUCUGGCGAGCCCCAUCGCUUGCCUCAAACUGUUCCAACAGAAGAAAGAGGAGGGGUAUGGGGAGGCGGCCCAGUUUGACGGGUUAAGACACCAAGUGAACAGAAGCAUUAAUGAGAUGCUGGCUGACAGUCGCCUCAGGAGGGACAGCCUCUACGCACAGAAAUGCAUCGACUGGAACCGGGAGGUGCUGAAGCGGGAGCUGGGCCUGACCGAGCAGGACAUCGUGGACAUCCCCCAGCUCUUCUUCCUGAAGGGCUCCCAUGCGGAAGCCUUCUUCCCUGACAUGGUCAACAUGGUGGUCUUAGGCAAGCACCUGGGCAUCCCCAAGCCCUUUGGGCCCAUCAUCAACGGCCGCUGCUGCCUGGAGGAGAAGGUGCGGUCCCUGUUGGAGCCGCUGGGCCUCCGCUGCAUCUUCAUCGACGACUAUUUGUCCUACCACGAGCUGCUGGGGGAGAUCCACUGUGGCACCAACGUGCGCCGGCGGCCCUUCUCCUUCAAGUGGUGGCACAUGGUGCCCUGAGCCCCCCUCCACCCGCCGUCCCCUCUGCCCACCUGCCAGGGAGCCCCACCAGGGAAGGGGGCGAGGAACUUCCACCCGGCCCCCGUCCUCGUGGAGGAGCCUCGGGCGCUUCUCCUCGGGUGCCUGCGAACGUGCUGGCCACCGCAGGCCCCGGGACGCAGCGACGGACGCCCACACCCUCACCUCUGGAGUGGCCUGCACAGCCCGAGAGGGACUGUCCUCAUUCCUCCCUCCCUCUUCCCGAUCCGCCACUCCCAGAGGUUCUGGAAAAGAGCAACAGCCUUAGCACGUUCAAGGGCAGCCGUGUGUGGCCGCAGCUGUGCCCGACUUUGAGUCACUCUCCCUCUGUUCUGAUAUUCCUCUCGCGGGUCUGCACCGGGAACGGCAUCCAUGGGGCCUGGGCUCAGAGGCAGGGGCCUGGGUCCAGGCCAUCUGUGGUUCUUGUAAGGGCAGGCACAGGGAGGCGAGGCAGCCUCUUUUCCAGACCAGCUGUCCUCUCCUGCAGGGGACCCUCAAGAUGUGACCUCCCAGCACCCCUCAGCCAUAUUUAUAGAGGCAAAUAAGGACGGGAAAACCUAGCAUCUGGGGGCCUGCUUUAAAAAGAAAAGGCAACAAAAACCCUUUAAUACCUGACUCCGUCCUCAGAAGGGUGCUUGUUACCUGUUUAGAAGGCCUUUAAUUACGAGUGCUGGCUGCUUCCGCCCCGAAACGCUGAGAGGCCAGAGAGAGGCCUCAGAAGGGCACACGCGAGGAAGGCUGGCAGGCGGGAGGCCAGAAUGGUAGAGGGGGCCGAGGCAUGAGGACAAACGGCGGGGCCUGGCCUCCGUGUCUUAGGUCUCCCCGCUUCGGAUUCUGGACUCUGGAUGUGAAGGGGGCUGGCCAUUCCAGAUGUCACAGGGGAUAGGAGCCCAGAUGUUAGAAGAGGGUGGGGGGGGAGCCAUUAGGUUAUCUCGGAGGGUGGGGUUUAAUUUCCUUUAAUAGUCUUUAAUUAUUCCCCUUCGCCCUGCAGGCCGUGGGAGGGAAGGCUCGCCCAGUCGCUCUCAGCAACCCGGAGACCCUGCCCGUAGCCUGGGUUUCGCCUGUGAGGAAACCCCCACGGCAGGCGUGUGUCCCCUCCCAUACAGGGCACAGAGCUGCCAUGGGGGUGAGGGGAUGUUAAUAGCCUGGCCCCAGGUGGGGUCACGGGGACAUGCACGGGCUUGGCCAGUGCCGGGUGAGAGGUGACCCCUGUCCCAGGCACACAGGGGCGCGAGGUGGCCAGCCUGCCCUCUCCCCACCAUUGCCCCUGGGGCCAUCGCGGUGGCUAUCAGCCCUGGGCCUCCGCCUCCUAGAUUUUCAGUGGCCCCUGGGAAGACCGAGACUGAGCCAGCCCGCCACGGUCAAACUCUGUUAGCCACGGAACACUUGGCAAGGCUGCCGUGGACACCCGACGCGUGAAAUGGAUAAGACAGAGCUGCUCUGGUUUCAGGUGGCUGGCGGGGGGGCAGGGGGGUAUACCUGGGUUCUUCCCCUUCCGGAAGACUCUGUGGGACCCCACGUGCCAACUCCUGGUCUAACCUUUGCACUUUCUGCUCGUAACCAUGACCCACAGCCCAGCCCGAGCCAAGACGGCAAGGAGGCCCUUCGGGGCCCACGGGCAUGCGGCCAGGGUUGAGGUUCCCCAGGGAAAGGCUGUGGGUGGAGGGAGGUUGCAGAGAGAUGGGGAGGGUGGGGAGCAAGCCUUCUGGACCUGCGCUGAGCGUGGGAAGCCCUGGAAUUGCUUCUGGAGCUGUCGGAGAGCCCGAUAUCCCCUCUGAGAAUGUUCCGGGUGAUGGAUCGCCUCCUACCUGAUUAA